AACCAAGAGCCAAGAAAACAUGAGAGCGUCGCAAGUGCUUAACUUUCAGCAGACGGCUGUGGCCAAUUUGAGAAGACCAUGGCAAACGUUUCGUGACGGACAGAUUUGGUACGGGAUUACCAAGUUGGGAACAAAGAGACUUCCAUUAACAACGAAACAGGGUAACAAGCACUAUUAUAAGGGAACAGGUUCUUCGGGUUACGGGAAGUUGAAUUCCAGCGGAACUUACAUUAUCAACUGGAACAAAGUCAGAACGUAUGUAGUACCAGCUGAUUUGCAAAACACAGAAUUAAAAGCUCUUGUUUCUCCAAACACCCCUCAAAUCUGGCAAAAGGUGGUUGGCUACCAGGAUGGUUUCAAGAGUCCAGAAUUGGCUUUUGACAAUGUCGUUAAUUUCGUGGAGUAUGGUGAAAACUACAGCAACGAGGACUUGGAACUGAAUCAGUACUUGGAGAAGAUCGUCAGUCCCAGAGUAAUCGAAGCUGAACAAGCUGAAAAUAUAGAGGUAGAAAAGAGUUAGGCACAGACAGUGAUUUUCUUGUUUCGAGCAAUUUCUAGUAGACUGCUAGCUAUUUGUUACCAAUUUUCCAGCUAUCUGACGUUGUCUAAGUAUUGAUCUGCAAGAUAGUAGAGAAUGCCUGAUUUUCGAAGUCUGAAGAUAUAAAGAGAGCAAUAUGCUCAUAUUCAUAAUUGGGACGAAAGUCUCUAGAACUCUCUCCAUGUACAUAGUCAUAAUACAAGUAAUGCAUU